UGACUCCAUUGGGCCGAGACGCAAAGUAGGCGUAUCGUGGGCGUAAUUUUCAACCUUCUCACUCCAUCGUUCGGCCAUUACCACCAUUUUCUAAUAACUCCCAGCGCGAGAAAACUAGUUCUAACUAGUUCUGACAACAACUCGUUCGCUUCGGUGACAUUAACCUCGUGAAAUAACAUCAGCCGCGGAGCUUUGACAGUGACGUCACAACCUACUUUGCAGAACUUGCAGUUUCAAGCUAUGUUUUCCAAGGCCACUACCAAAUUUGUCCGUCAGGUUGACCCGGAAGGAAGCCUCAUCCCCGUGUCCCGCUUGAAUGACUCUUCCAAGCUCCUUCCGAUGGCUCUGGUGGUUAAACACAAGCGGGUUUGGUUCUGGCAGAGGCCCAAAUAUCAAACGACAGAUUUUAACCUCAGUGAUUUGUUGCUGGGUGACGAGGUGCUUAUACCUGAUGUGUCCAAGAGAGAUUUCCUGACCUACGUGGGCACGUAUGGAAACAAAGUUACCGGCAAGCUGGACGUCGAGAUCAUAUCCGCCAAGGCUCAGGGCUCAAGUGAACUCCUGUCGGAUUUUGGCAAGCUGGAUAAAGAGGAAGUGGAUGUGAAGAAGUUGUUACAGGACUCCAACAAGAGGUUGGUGAACAUGGAGCACGAGUUGGUGCAGCAGCUGGAGAAGCGAUCCGACGUUCUGGCCGUUGUCAAAGAGAGGAUCCUGACCACUGCUGACUGCACCGUCACACAGACCCAAGAGAAGCGGUGUGCUUUGCGUGCCGUGCUGAGAGUGUUGGGCAACUUGAGUGCUAAUAUGAAGGCCUGUAUCGAGCGCAAUCACAGCGAUGUUUCUGUGAAGAUCCCAUCUGAUGUCGUCAUUGCAUACGUCGUCCUGGAACUGGAAAUAAAAAAAGAAGGCCACUUCAAGCUCUGCCUUCGUCCUGGGAAAAUCGGGGGCUUUGAAACCAUUAUGGACAGGUCGUGGUCCUCUGAAGAUGACCUGAGUGUGGUGGAUGGGCUGUGUGCAGAUGGGAUUAUUCCAGAAGAGCAACCACAACAAAAUGGAUCUUGCGUGGAAGAUCUCUCUCCACUAGCCGCGCUCUCCCAAUCAGAUCGGCAGGCCUUGUUCCACGACCUGCAAGCCAUCCUGACCAACAGCAUGACUCUCUCGCAUCUGCAGUCCCACCUGGAGGAAUUGCACUUCGGCAAAACACCUGACACGGCACAGCAGGAGAAUGAAUUGGACUCUGUCGACGGCACCUUUGCCUCCCUGAAUGCUGUUCUUCUGUUGGUCAGUGCUUUGGAAGAGCUGCCUGAUGAAACUUUAAGCCUCAUGAGUGACAGUCAACCCGAGUUCUUAGAGGCCUUCAGCACUCUGUUGAACCUGAUGGAGGAAAGCAGCCGUCGUCUCUCCUUUGGAUUUCUUCCGACUCUGCUGGUUGAGCAACAAGCUUUCCAGCAAGCGGAGAAACUUCUCAGCUCCAUUGGCGUGACCUUGUCUGUUGAAAACAACCAACUCUGGUUGGAAAUGGAAAAAAAAGAUGAAGUGCAACUUUUGGUCCUUCGCCUCAGCACAUAUGGACUGUCCUUGCUGUGCAGUGGACAAAAAUAGAAUUCCCCUUCCUGUAUUAUUUGUUAUUUUCCAAUUUUUAUAAUGUACCACGACUGAGUACUCUUAUAUUUACAAACUAUAUCAGUGUUUCCAACUGGUAUUGAUCUAAGGUGCAUGCAUGUUUUACAUUAGAUUUUGCAUGAAAUAUUUAUCAACUUUAUUAUACUUUUAUGUUGGCAACUAGUGAAUACUCAGAUGCACAUUGAUGUACAUUGUGCCUUUUAAUUAAUCUGCCGAGAAAGAUGAAUAUAGAAAAAUAACCACUGAAUAGUAUGCUAACAUUUCUUUCUCAUUUCUGUUUUAAAACGGACCAUUUAAUGUAUGCACUACUAUAAGUGCACUAUGUUCAUACUAUGCUAAAACUGUUUGCAAUUUCUAGCCAGAGAUGAUGUUCUCCUUUUAUUGACGCUGCUAUUGACCAUAUCUAUGAAGAAGACGUUACAAAUAUUUAUUAGUCAUAAUAAAUGGAUGUAAGCCAUUGAAAUUUUACCACAGAUAUAUUAAGUUGUGCAUUAUUUAUGUUUUACUCAUGAAGUACGACUCCAUAUCAUUCUUGUCAUUUUUAUGCACUUAAAUUUCUUGUCUGACAAGUUAUAGUUUUGAAGGAUAUUGUUCACUGUAAGUGAUCAGAAAUAAAAGGUUCUCACAUUUAA